CGCGGUCCUCAUCCCGUACUUCCAUCCAACAUUGCACUCCAGUGGGACUUGCACUUUCUGCGGCUGAUACCUUGUCAGUGACUCUGCCUGAGUCUAGCAAGUUCAGUGGGACUGCUCGCGCAGCAGAUUGAUAGGCAACUCAUCGGCACAACACACGCGUUCAGGACAUCAUCUUACCCUGUUGUCGCCACCAUGGCGAACCAGUCGCCCAUGAUCUCAAUUCCCAAGAAGACGACGGAGGAAGUGGACUGGACGUCGCCCAUCCGGACCCUGAUUGCUCAGUCGUACGGCGAGAAUCCCGACAAUUACGCUACCGAGUGUGCGUCCCUUCAGCGAUGUAGGCAGGACGCAGUACGCGGGGCAGGUAGCGAUAUAACUGCGCGCGACCUGCUGUACAAGUAUUUCGGCCAGCUCGAGCUACUCGAGCUGCGCUUCUCCGAGAUCCGCGUCAACUUCCCCUGGCACGACGCGUUCACGCACAAGCUGACGACCCAGACAUCCAUCGCGUAUGAAAAGGCCUCCAUCCUCUUCCAGAUCGCGGCCACGCACUCCGCCAUCGCCUCCUCCCAAAGCCGCGCGGAUCCCGAGGGUGUCAAGCGCGCGUACCAUUACUUCCGCACCUGCGCGGGCAUGCUCACGUACAUCAACGAGAACUUUCUGCACGCACCCUCGACAGACCUCUCCCGCGAGGUCGUCAAGUUCCUCGUCAACCUCAUCCUCGCGCAGGCCACGGAAGUGUUCUUCGAGAAGUCCGCCGACGAAAAGAAGGCGCCCGCUCUCGUCGCCAAGAUCGCCGCGCAGACAGCCUCGAUGUACACAGCGCUCGCUGAGGAAGUGAAGGAGUUCAUGGGCAAGGGUAUCUUCGACCGGAACUGGGUCACGCUCAUUCAGAUCAAGGCCAAAUAUUUCUCCUCGCUCGCCCAGCUUUACCGCGCGCAAGUGGAUGCUGCAGCAGAUAAACACGGAGAAGCUCUCGUUCGUCUCAACGUAGCCGAGAAUCUCGCCAAGGAGGCUUCCCGAUCCGCCGCUUCCUUCGCCUCCGUCUUCGCGCCCAACCUCUCCCCUACCCUCCCCGCCGACGCGGGCCCGGCGAUCCAAGAGCGCACCAAAGCUCACCUCGCACUCGCUACCGACAAGCGCGCCGAAGCCCAGCGCGAGAACGACCUCAUCUACAACGCGAUCCUGCCCGCGCCCGAGGCCCUCCCCGCGCUCGACAAGCUCUCCAUCGCCACACCCAUCCCUAUCCAGGAGGUGUACGGCACGCCCGACGUGCAGAAGACGAUCGGGCAGGACUUCUUCAUUCGGCUGAUCCCGCUCAGCGUGCACGAGAGCGCGAGCGUGUACUCCGAGGAGAAGGCCAAGCUCGUGCGCGGCGAGGUCGAGAAGGCCGAACAGGCCGAGGGCGAGGCGCGCAGCGCGCUUGACGGCAUGGGCGUCAAGGACGGGCUGACGCGCUUCCGCGCCAUGGCGAAGGGCGAAGUCGGCGCGGAGGAGAUCCCGCUCGACGUGCGCCGCUGGCGGGAGGACAUCACCGUCAUCGAGGAGCGCGAGGGCGUGGAGGCGGUGCUGGCGAACCUGGCGCGGCUGAAGGAGAACGUGCAGAGGGAGCUCGAUACAGCGUCGCGGGACCUCGAGAUCGAGUCGAAGGACUGCGAGAUGCUGCGCGUGAAGUACGACCACAAGUGGACGCAGGAGCCAUCGGCGGGGCCGUCAAAGGCGCUGCGGCAGGAUCUGAAGUCGCACCUGGGCGCGCUGGAGGCGGCGGCGGCGAGCGAUGCGCAGGUGUUGGCAAUCUGGCGUGCGGUGCAGAAUGACAUCCGGCUGCUUAUGAGCCCGCAGCUGGAGGAUGUGUUUCGCGAGAGUACGGAGCGGGAGGGUGGUGAUAGCUUGCUCGACCUGGACGUUAGUGGCGAUGCGGACGAGGCUCAGGAGCGCAACAAGAUCCGUGAGAUGGUAGCCGGGAUCGACGAGCGGCUUGGCCGAUUGAACAAGAUAUCCCGGGAGCGGAACGAGGUCCUGAAGGAUUUGAAGGAGAAGGUGCAAACUGACGACGUAUCCCAUUUACUCCUUCUCAACCGCCGCAACACCGGCGUAGAGCCCACGCUGUUCGCCGCCGAGUUGGAGAAGUUCAGACCCUACCAGCAGCGGCUCGCAGCCACGGCACAGUUCCAGCAAGUCGUGCUUCAGGAGGUCGGUUUCCUGUGGAAGGGCCUGCGCGAAUCCGCUGGCCGCGGCCCGGGUGCGAGGAAGUGGGAAGAGCGGGAGCGGAAGAAGAAGGAUACAAUCAAGCGCUUCCAGAGAGCGAGGGACGGGUACAUGGAGAUUCGGGAUGGUCUGACUAAAGGCCUCCAGUUCUACACUGACCUAACCGAGCUCGCGGUCAAGCUGCGCAACAACGUGAAGGCGUUCGUGGCAGAGCGCACGCGGGAACGCGAGUCUCUAGUCGGCGCUAUCGAGACCGAGAGGAGAUUGUCAGUCACCGCGGGCUCACCGCCCCCCCUCGCAGCGAAGCCGCCUGUACCUCCGCCACCACCAUCGUCGGGACUGGAAUCGUCGUUGGCGUCGAUGAGCCUACGUAAUGCGCCUUCACCGCCUCAAUCGGCACCUUCAGCGCAGUGGCGGAAUACGCCACCGCCUCCACCGCCGCCAUCGCAGCAGCACCAGUACUCUUACAGUGGUCAGUACUCAGGCUCCGCACCCCCUGCUUCAUAUGCACCCAGUCCACCGCCGCCUCCACCUUCCCAAUUUCGGCCUCCGCCAGGACAGUCGCAGCAGCAGGGAUAUCCGCCUCACCAGCGCCAAGGCUCGACGUCUACGUGGCUGCCACCGCCUCCCGCGCCAUCAGCGCCCCCGGCCGAUCCAUAUGCUGGGCUGGGCAUGUUUGGCGAGCCACAGCAACAAUAUAGCUCGCCGCCGCCUUCGCAACAAUACUCGACACCACCCUCGCAGCAACAGCAGUACUCUUCGCCGCCGCCGCCACCUCCGUCGCAGCCGUCGUAUCCGUCGUAUGGUCAGCGACAGCAGCCGUAUCAAUAUCAGCAGCAACAACAGCAGCCUCCUGCACCACCAGGCUUUCCUCCGCCGCCUCCACCGGCGUCCUCGUACCAGCAGUAUUCGAGUCCACCGCCGCCACCGCCUGGUCAGCAGGGGUAUCCUGCGCAAGGGUAUGGUGGGUAUUCGUACGGGAGAUGAUCUUGCAGUGCUUGUCAGCGCUUGGUGGAUGGAAGGAUCGGAAUGGAUUGAAGACAUGGAAUACUCUACAUAUACGAGGUUAGUGGAAGCAGCUUCUCCUUGCGGCUCUGUAGGUCGGAUUGCCGUGAGGACAAUAUCUUAUCUAGAAGUUGGAGCUCAUUGCAAGCCCAUUGAUGAAAGAGGAAGCUUGGGCGGCGUAUGUGACGCUUUGUGAG